AAGAAGCACGCACGGUUACAUUUAACCUACACUUGCAGAAUAAGUGUAAAUGGACAGGCUGUAGACGCUCAGUGGAUGAAGGCGUCCUGACACUGCAGACGAGCGCAAGUCGCUUAAACGACACUUAUUAUACCGGUUGUGAUUUUUAAAUUGGAUUUCAGCAAGCCUGCAGCCUGCCUCACCUUUGAGAUAUUGUUUUUAUUUUAUUAUUUACAAGCUUUAACUAACCCAGAGCCGAUAUGGACACCAUAUUGGACAACUUCGCUUCGGAGAAACUUUUUCCUAAUUCCAACCUGUUGGACCUAGAGGAUCUGAAUGAGAGCGAUUUCUUAUCCAAUGUGCAUUUCUCAGAGCAGAUGGAGGACUUUUCCAAUGACCUUUUCAACAGUUUUUUUGACGAUCAUCUGUUGGCGGAAAGGAACCCAUUGUUGGAUAUGGACCUGGACCCUCCGAACCCUGACAUCCAGGCAGAACACAGUUACUCUCUGAGCGAAGACUCUGCACCACAAAGCCCCUCUGUACCCAUUAAGUCAGACAAUGAUGCAGAUUCUGAUGGGAUGUGGUCGUUCAGUCAGGAUCUCACAGCCAUCCUAGUGAAACAGGAGCCUAGUCUGAUGUCUGAGAACAGCCCUGAUACAGCGCCCUCUCUGGACGACACAAGCACCUGCUCACAGCCUCUCACUCUUGCCCCACCACCACAGAGGAACCAGACCGGGGACAAGGGUUCCAAAGGCAUGAGCUCAAAUUCUGUUCCUGCCAUCAAAGCAGAGCCCAGAGAGGUGAACCAGUUUCUUAGUGUCCCCUCAGAUGAGCAUCUGCGGUUACCUCCCACUCCCCCCAGUAGCCAUGGCAGUGAUAGCGACGGAUCCCAGAGCCCACAUUCACUUCCACCAUUAAGCCCUGGUCACCUGCAGAGCCCACAUUCACUGCCUUCCUCCAGCCCUGCCCGGCUACAGGCUCGAACCUCUGCAGCCAUCUCCUCAUCGCCGCUUCUCACUGCCCCCCAUAAGCUCCAGGGGACAUCAGGCCCUUUAAUGUUGACAGAAGAGGAGAAGAGAACUUUGAUCGCUGAGGGAUAUCCUGUGCCCAACAAACUGCCCCUCACCAAAACUGAGGAGAAAUCCCUCAAACGUGUCCGCAGGAAAAUCAAAAAUAAGAUCUCUGCACAGGAAAGCCGUCGAAAGAAGAAAGAAUAUGUGGAGUGUUUGGAGAAAAGAGUGGAGAACUAUACAUCAGAAAACAAUGAACUGUGGAAAAAGGUUGAGACGCUGGAGAACGCAAACAGGUCUCUCCUCCAACAGUUGCAAAGACUACAGGCUCUAGUGAGCGGGAAAGUGCCUCGAUCCUGCAAGAUUGCCUCCACACAGACCGGAACCUGUCUCAUGGUGGUGGCGCUGUGCUUUGUGUUGGUGCUGGGCUCACUAGCUCCCUGCCUGCCUGAGCUCUCUCUCUACUCUUCCUCCUUAUCCACAUCAUCCUCACACACGGUGAAGUCCGCACCACUGCCCUCAGGUGACCUCUACACCACCAGCCAGGUCCGCUCCCGCAGUCUGCUCUUCUAUGACGAGGAGACCGCAGUGGAGGACGGCAACAGGGGCCUGCUGAGCACGGAGAGGAUGGAGGAGGGGUCGCGGCAUUACGUACAGGACCCGAAAGAGACCCACGAACACCACCACGCUGCUCUCACGAGCAGGUAUUUGAGCCAGACCCAGUCGGAACCUUCAGGCUAUAGCAACCGGUCCGCGACCCCCCUCCAUUCCCCAGAAUCACACUACCACUCCAGAAAACAGGAUCCCGUGGGAGUUGCAGAAUAUUUCUAACCCUUCUGGGUGGAGCUGCCUGUAUCACACAGACCUUCACUUACAGCAGAUGACCCAGCACUACCCGACCACCCUUGUCAUUCCAGAUCCUGAACCCUAGUGAACCCACAUGCCUCAUGACCACGAUCCAACUCAACCCCAUUAAACAUUCCAGUUACAGUGACCAACAAAACUUACUUGUGAGAGGACAACACAUAUUUAUGUGUACAUACAUUUAUCCAUCAUGUAUAAAAAGGCUGCUGAAACUUUACCAGCACGCACUGAGUUUGCAAGAUGAAGAGAGAGAUGAUGUGGGCGGUUGUGGGCGCUGCUCUGUUUUAAAUGGAUGUGAGACUCUGAAAUACUUCAUCACGCCGGCAGGGGACGGGAACGUUUAUGAGUGUUUGUUUUGAUUUUCCUUGAAUGCCAUAAGACUGUCCAUUUAGAACAUAUCCUGAAAUCCCAAAGAGCUUGUUUUGUGUUUAUGACGUUAUUUUAAAUCUCUGCAUGUUUUCCAGCAGGUGUGAUCACAGGUGCCUGACGCACUUUGCGGUUUGAAACCUGCUUUGACAGGAUUUUCUUCCUCUGCCAUUUUGGCUUGUUUUUCCCUUAUAAGUCAAAGCUGGAUUGCACUUGUUUUGCACUAUGAAAACUAAUUGAUUUAAGUGCCUUCACAUUCUUUCUCAUGAAGUCAUAUUUAACAUAGUCCUUACCACAUAUUUUUCCUUGAAUACUUUCCAUUUCUUUGCCUACUUUUAUUGACAGCAGGUUUUACUUUAUUUUUGUUUUCUACUAUUAAGAGGCAGAGGAUUUUGUACUGAAAUGCAAAUUUUAUCUGUAAUAUAUUCUAGUAUUUGCAGCAUCCAAAAAAGAGCAUAUUUAUUUUAUGCACAAAAAAAGUAUGAUAGUUAUUGUGUGUGUGUUUUUUUUUAAGAAAGAUGAUGUAACGUUUACAUGAUCUUGUUGUCAUAACUGUUAAACAGUUUGUCUUUUAACUUUAUUUCUGUGUAAAGAAAGUUUUGUAUAUAUAGAGAAAAAAAGAACAGGGACAAUCAAAUCCUGUGCAUGUUUGGUCUUACAAUCCACAAAAUUUCAAAAAAAUAUUGCCCAAAACAGCUAUUAUUACAACUGCUAUUAUUCUAUUGAGGGAAAGAAACUUUAUUGAAAAGAAAUUCUUUAAAUUUUUUCACAACGUAAUGCAUAUUUUUUAUAUUUUAACUUUUCCCAAAAUAACUGUUUAACUACUGUAAAAUGUAUCACGAAUCCCAGAUUAGUUAAUAAUGCAGUUUUACAAACAUGUACUUUUUUCAUUUACAGAAAUUGUAUGUUUUAGAAGCAGAAACAAUUUAAUUUUGUUAUAAUUUUAAACAAUGCUCUUUCUCACUUCAACCAAGGGAUUUAUUUUAUUGUACAGCUAGAAAAUAACCACUGAUGGUCAUAUUUUAGAAUUAAGUUUUUUUGUGUCUAAGUUAAUUAUUGUAAUGAUACAAGGGGUUGUCAUUAAUGAAUCUGUGCUUGUCAGUGUUUAUAAAAGUACUCUGUGGUAUAUGUGCCAUAAGGAAAUCUGGGUGUGGCUACUUAAGAAAUAAAAGAACACUAAAUAGCA